AGCCGACCACGGUCAGUACCAGUCGGAAAAAAUCGAGGGGAGAAAAAAAGCUUUUCAAAGCAAUUUCAAUGGCGUUCGCUUUUUAUUUGACAACCAUUUCCGUUUUACACCUGAUUUUAUUUUCUUCAUCAGUGUGCGGGGAGGGAAAUUCUCCAUUUAUCGUGGCGCAUAAAAGGGUUUCUCAGAGAAAGCUGAAAUCGGAUCUGGAGCGGGUCUCCGUAUCCAUCGACAUCUACAACACUGGAUCCGACACAGCAUAUGACGUGACCCUCACUGAUAAUUCUUGGAACCAGGAGAUUUUCGAUUCUAUUAUUGGCAAUACAUCUAAGACCUGGGAUAGACUUGAUGCUGGUUCCAUCGUGUCACAUUCGUUUGAGUUGGAAUCGAAGGUGAAAACUGUUUACUAUGGGGCACCUGCUUUGAUCAAUUACCGAGUUCCGACAAAGUCGAAGCUUCAGGAAGCAUAUUCGACCCCACUUCUGCCAUUAAACAUUCUAUCAGAGCCUGUCCCCCAGAAAAAGAUCGAAAUUAAGUUGCUGUCAAAUUAUGGAUCACAUAUUUCGGUAUUUCUCAUAGUUGUCCUCUUUGCACACAUCCUCAGUGGACCGAAAGCCAGUGGGGCCAAGCAAAAGCACUGA